UAGGCGCGUGCACACACACACACACAGAGAAAUAAAUGAGUGGCUGGCACAAAGUCUGUUCAGAGACCUGAACCCUGGUCUCUGAGUCAGACAUUAUUUUAUUCACUCCACCACAGUUGUCUGCCGUGCUUUUUUUCUGGGGACACAGUGGGACGCACACCCUGAAACAUUUUGUGAAUUUUAAGUUUGGCCUCACUGAGGGGCAGUAGUUCAAUAUGAGUAGGAAGAAGAGAGUACCCCUAAACAUUUUUUAAGGGGAAAAAAGGCACUGGUUGUCUGUAUAUCUGUGUACCUCUUUGGCUGGAGAGCCAAACAACACACUUAAAGAAAAAAAAGGUAAAGGACCCCUGACAGUUAAGUCCAGUCACAAACGACUCUGGGGUUGCAGCGCUCAUCUCGCUUUACAGGCCAAGGGAGCCUGUGUUUGUCCGCAGACAGUUUUUCCACGUCAUGUGGCCAGGUUGACUAAGCCGUUUCAGGCGCAACUGAACACCGAAACCAGAGCAGCUCUUGGAUCGGCAAGCCCAAGAGGCUCAGUGAUUUAGACCACAGCGCCACCCGCGUCCCUUAACAACACACUUAACAUUACCUAAAUGUUAAAACGUGAAUGUCUUCUUGAUGGUGGGCAACUGCAUUUUGAUGUGGUUUCAGGUUUACCAGCAAUUAGGUCUAUGGUGUGAAGCAGCUUGUUCUUCUUAUUUCUUUUGUGUGUCCCUCUCUGAUGUGAUUGCAGAAGCAAAUACAUACAGUAUUAUCCUAUAUUCAUGUCCCACAGGGAAACCAUGCAGAGAACUCCUGCCAUGAACAUGUUUGUGUGCAUCUCUGUGCAAAGGAAUUUGAAGGUUGCUGGACCAGUACCUGCAGAUCCCUGGGUGCCCACAGGGAUGGGGAUUUGCCAGGGCAGCCUUCCAAAAUCCAUCAAGCCCUUGAAACGUGAACUACAAGAGAAGCUGCAGAGUCCCAUCAUCAUUUUUAUGGUAGGUGGUCCAGGUUGCGGCAAGCAGAUACAGGGUCACCGGCUGGCCAGCAAGUAUGAUUUCUACCACGUUGGCAUCGGAGAGCUGCUGCGAGCGGAAGCCAGCAGGCCUACCCGGAAAGGAAAGACCAUUAGGGACAUCAUCCUGAAAGGGGCUCUUGUGCCCUCGGGCUACAUCUUGGAACUGCUUACUGACAACAUGCUAAAAGCCGAAAACGUCAAAGGAUUCUUUGUUGAAGGCUUCCCCCGGGAAAUCCAUCAGGCCAAACUAUUUGAAGAAGUGGUGGGGCGUGCACCCAACAUCGUGAUAGUGCUUGACUGCUCAACGGAGACUAUGGUCCAGCGACUGCUGAUCCGAAGCCAGAUGGGCGAGAGGGUGGAUGACCAUGAUAAAAUCAUCCAGAACCGGCUUGACACUUACUAUACACUGUGUGAGCCCGUCUUCACCCACUACCUACAGAAAAGCCUACUUCGGCAUGUAGGUCUCAAGAGAACUUGGCUGGGCCCCCUUCCUUGUCCUUUCCCACAGAACCCAGGCCUGGAAGUCCUGGCAACUUUGCAAGAGGGCAGCUUAUUUGCUUCUGAUGUGGACAAGCAGCCAAUGCAGUCCUUUCAGAAAGACUCUCUCUUGCUUGUUAACAGGGCCAUUUGAAAGGUUGCGUCCAAUAGGCAGUGAGGCGGGAAGCAUUAAGUCAAAAGGGCAGGAGGUUGGAAACAGCCACAUUAGACCCCAAUCUUCUUAUUUCAGGGAGGAGGUCUUCCAGAAAUGCUUGUGAAAAAGUUGCACUAGAAUGCAAAAUCUCAAAUGCACUCACUCCUCAACCAAGUAAUAGGAUCAUAAGCACAAGGGCCCUCUAGUAGAUCAUUUGCUACAAUUCCCUUCCUUGAAGCAGGAUGGCAGAUAUCAAAGAACUUAAAAGGAUGCUGUCCUGUUCAUCCUUGACUACGCAAAAUGAUUUCCCCUAACUUCUUCCAGUUUGCCACUAGCAGUUUCUCCUGAUUUUGAAUGUUAAGUGUCAAAGCGCAGUUUAUCUUGGACACUCAUCAGAACUGCCAAGAAGAAGAGCUGGUUAGGUACUGCACCAGGUCUGCUUCUUGCUCUAAAGAAGCCACUGAAAGCUGCUUUCCAGGAGCAGCUCCAUCUGAUGGGAGCUGCCAGGGCGAGUUGCCCCACUCCCCUUAGAUGCCCAAGGGCAGCUGAAGAAUGACAAGGAGACACCCCCCUUCUAGAAGGGAGCAAAGCCCCAUCCAUGCUGAUGACAAAAGGAAAGACUAAGGCAAGGUAUAAAAUCUAGUUGGACGUCUUUACCAAAGAAACUCUUACAAAAUAGUGAGAAUGCUUUUGAGCUCUCCAAAAUUCUUCCAUUAGGCUCGUUGUUAAGCAAUGCAGGGGGUAGGAGAAAAAAAAGUUGGCUCGAUGGAAUAUAAACUUUGUGGCUACUCCGUUGGUGUUAAAUAUGUUAACUCCUGCAAAACUUCAGUUCAAUCGGAUUAGGCUCAAUUUGAUAUUGAUGGGUUUGAAGAUGCACCUCAAUAUAUUACUCAACUGGAUUUUUGCAUCUCUUCUUAUAGGUCAACAAAGCUUUCUUUGCUUUUUUCUGCAAUUCUAUCAGAUGUGAAUUAAGCCAAACCUAAUCUAAGCAGAAAGUAAACGUCUUGCUCUAGGGCAGCUGGGGUCAAGGAAGAUUUUUGUCUCCCCUGUUAGCUGUUCCAGUAGAUGUGGCCUGAUUUGCACAAGACCUCUAUAGGAACCAUUAAGUUAAACUGAGCAAAGAGGCUACAGUUAGGGACACAGGUUUGCGUGUUCUUUCACCCCAUGAGUGGGGGCACAGAACACAUUUGGCCCCCACAGCAAUUUGCUUCUUUUUCUUUUCUUUGGGACUAUCCCAUGGGAAAAUUUUAACAGCUGCACCAAGGUCUAGUGAUGGCCAUACCUACUCCAAGCCCUCCUAAAACUGGGCAGGCUUCCUUUCAUUGUCCAUGUCUACCCCAGCGUGGGGGUGGGUCAGCAGCAAGUGUUGUUUUCUGCUGCGUGCUUGGCAUAAUUCCUUAUAAACAGAGGCGUGCUCAGGCUUUCUAUACCCGGUGGUAGCAACAGAAAAGUCUCCUCUGUAAGUAGCUGGCUCCAGAUGUGCCCAAGAGCUCUUCAUUCCAUUUAUUUCCAGAUCCUUGGGGAAGAACCACCAGACACCAUUUUUACCAAAUCCUGCAGUGUAGUCGAUGAAGUGAUAAAGGCAGCUACCACUAAAUAAAGUGCAAAGCU